CCAAGGAGCGCACCCAGUGUUGUAACUGUGGAGGUAAACAUGGCCGCCCUCGGACCUCUGUCAAGAAUAACCCGGCUUGGAUGCAACUUCUGUCGGAACCACCGUUUGGUGUUUAACAGAAACUCUCAGAAACGAGGAAUAGCUUCGUGUAUUGACCCUUCAUAUGGACUCACAGACGAGCAGAAAGAGUUUCAGAAAGUGGCCUUUGACUUUGCAGCCAAUGAAAUGGCUCCACACAUGGCAGAGUGGGACCAAAAGGAAGUCUUCCCAGUGGAGACGAUGCGGAAAGCAGCCCAGUUAGGUUUCGGUGGGAUCUACACUCGGCCGGAGGUCGGGGGGUCAGGCCUCUCUCGUCUGGACACGUCCAUCAUUUUUGAGGCCCUUUCCACAGGAUGCGUUAGCACCACAGCUUACAUUAGCAUCCACAACAUGUGUGCCUGGAUGAUUGACACCUUUGGGAAUGACGAGCAGAGGGAGAGGUUCUGUCCUGACCUCUGCUCCAUGGAAAAGUUUGCAUCCUACUGUCUGACUGAACCAGGCAGUGGCAGUGACGCCGCUUCACUCCUCACAUCCGCUCAGCGGAAAGGGGACCAUUAUGUCUUAAAUGGCUCCAAGGCGUUUAUCAGUGGGGGAGGAGACACCGACGUGUAUGUUGUGAUGUGCAGAACGGGAGGCAAAGGGCCUAAAGGAAUCUCAUGUUUGGUGGUGGAGAAGGGAACACCAGGCCUCAGUUUUGGCAAAAAGGAGAAGAAGGUAGGCUGGAACUGUCAGCCAACCAGGGCCGUGAUAUUCGAGGACUGUUCCGUCCCGGCGACCAACCGACUGGGCGAGGAAGGACAAGGCUUCAACAUCGCAAUGAAGGGCCUGAAUGGAGGCAGGAUUAAUAUCGCUUCCUGUUCUCUGGGAGCAGCGCACGCCUCCGUGCUGCUGGCGAGGGAUCACCUGUUGGUGCGGAAGCAGUUUGGCAAAACGCUCGCCAACAACCAAUUUCUGCAGUUCAAACUGGCAGAAAUGGCCACCAAGCUGGUGGCAUCUCGCCUGCUGGUGCGCGAGGCCGCCACGGCGCUACAGGAGAACCGAGCCGACGCCGUUUCGCUCUGCUCCAUGGCCAAGCUUUUCGUUACGGAUGAGUGCUUCAACGUGUGCAACCAGGCUCUCCAGAUGCACGGUGGCUACGGUUACCUGAAGGACUACGCGGUGCAGCAGUUUGUGCGGGACAUUCGAGUCCAUCAGAUUCUUGAGGGAACCAACGAGGUGAUGAGGAUGAUUAUUUCUCGAAACCUGCUCACAGAGUCGUGAUAAAUCUGUUCCCACCGCCUCCAAACGGACCACGUAGUUGUGGUCUUGAUUUAUUGCGACAGUGUGGCCGGUCCUGAUCACACUUCUUCCAGUUUUGACAGAAAUUAUCAGAGAGGUUGGUGUAAAUGAGAUGUUAUUUUUGAGGUGAAGCAUCAGAUUAUUUGCUGCGUUCUGAGCUGUGACAGGGCUCUUAAGGUGGAAAUCAAGUUUAUCCUCUAAUGCAAAGUGCAGCACCUUAUCAGGAACUGCACAGGUUUUCAUGUAUUAAAGUCUACAAUCAUAGUUCAUUAAAACUAAAAUAUUGGCCACAUAAAUGUUUUUCUGAUUUAUCUGCCUAAGU